UUAUUGUUUGUAUGCAAGUGGUAAUUUGUCAUCAGGUUUUUGUGUUGGCUUUAAAAGCAGAUUCCACAUGUUCCACACACACCAUCCCCAUUGCUGAACCAGACAAGAUCUCAAAAGACGUACCGAAAAGGCUUCUUUUCCCUACCAAAUCAGGCAUGCCUCGUUUCGAUAGAUGCAUUGACGAUAUCCUCGAUUUAUUCGAUGAGUACGCCAAUGACGAAAGUGAAUGUUUGAGCAGAGAUGAGUUUAAGCAACUGGCAACCAGCAUAUUGGAAUCCAAAGAAUAUUGUGGAAAACUCGAGUCGGUUGAUCUCGAUGAAUUGUUUGACAAGCUAGAUACAAACAAUGAUGGAGAGCUUAACUACGAAGAGUAUGUCAGAUGCCUAGGAGAAUUGAUUGUAUGUUUCCGCAAGAAGAAUGGCAGAAGGGGUAAUAAGGGUGGCUGCAAAGGUGGCCCAGACAUGCCUCCCAUUUGCGAAUGCAUUAAUGAUAUCACCGACUUCUUCGAGACGCACUCGACUGAUGGCAGUGAUUGUUUGAACAAGGAGCAGUUUAAGACACUAGCAACCAGCGAAAUUAAUUCCUCCUAUUUUUCUGGGAAACUCGAGCCAAGUAAAGUCGACGAGCUGUUUGACAAGUUGGAUACAAACAGUGAUGGCGAGCUUACCUUCAGAGAGUAUAUCAAAUGCAUUGGAGAAAUUAUGAAAUGCAUGCGCAAGAAGACUGGUAGGAGGUUCGGCAGAGGUGGCAGAGGCGGCAGAGGUGGCAGAGGCGGCAGAGGCGGCAGAGGAGGCAGGGGUGGCAGAGAUUGUAGAGGGAGCGACAGCGAUGGUGACGAGGGUGGCAAAGGCAAGGGAGGCAAGGGUGGAAAGGGUGGCAGGGGCAGUGAUGAUUAGUGAAAUGUCUGCAAUCAUCAGUCAUUUACUAGCAAUUUCUCUUUUCUUGUGAGCAAUGCCAACACAAGUAAAUAAAUAAACAAUAAAUAUCAUAUCUCUACUCCUGUCUUGUUAUUUAAUAUUCCUAUUACACACUCUUAGAACUCUUAGAGUGUACAUUGCAGCUUCACCAAUUGUCAUGCUAUAUAUCCCAUGGUGUCAUAUUAUUGUAUGCCAGCCUAUGUUAUGGGCAGAAUAGUGGAAGGGAUAAAUUUACAGUUUUAAGGUACGGAAUUGGGAUUUUUGUUGAAGUUUGCUUUUUCUCUCCCUGCUUUUGUGGGUUUUCUUUGAGUUGUCAGAUAAUCGGAUCAAGUAAUGUUAUAUCUCUUCAUAUCAUUCCAUCUUCAUGCUUUUUUUCUUGCCAUUGCCACGGGCGCAAAUAGGCAUGUCAGAAAACAGUUCAAGUAAAUGCCCUAAGCAACGGUAGAGCGGACGUACCUAAAAAAAAGGACAGUCUCUUUAUUGGCUGAUUCCUUGAUUACUGAAAAAGGAAACAAGCACCCAAAAUUAAUUUGUGCAGAUUUUUUUUAUUUUUUAUGAAAACUAUAGCCGAUGGAAAAAAA